AGUAGUAAGCCUGUAGCGCACGGUUUCUUUCUUUCUUUCUUGUCUUUUCUCUUUCUAACUGGCAUUAAUACAUUGAGAUACCUCCGUGGCAUCAUCGGAACCGAGUUACUUCUGUGUGGGUUCGCUUCGCUUUUCCGUCUCUUUCUUUGCGCUGUCCUCGCCGUGUUUAAAGGGUUUUGUAGGCCUCCUCAGGUUCACUUCGUUGUGCCUCUGCACUCCGCAAUCGAGCAGUUGUAUAACUGAAGACUGCAAGCGUUCUUUCUGAUCGGUUUGUCUCUUUUUUAUUAAUACUAUUUUUGCUUCAUCCACGCAUCGCCAUGCCCGUCGUAGACGUCUCCGUGCUUUCCGCGACGGACGUGAUGGGUGUGUCGCCGAAGAAGAGAUUCUGCGUCUACGUCCGUCUGCAAGGCCAGGCGAUCCGCACGAAGCCCACCGGUGUUGAUCGGAAUGGCGAAAUCUAUUUCGGGGAGCGCUUCCGCUUCCAGUACCAGCCCGACGCGCGCCGCCCCGGACGCAACCGCAUGUUUGUGGAGCUGUGGACGAAGUCUCUCUUCUCGCAGGCGUGUGUGUCGGUGGCGUGGAUCGAGAUGGACGAGCAGAACUUCCAACGCGGGCAGCAGAGCCGCAUCAACGUCCGUGGCACCUUCGAGAACAAGUCCGCCGUCAUCAGUCUGGCGGUCACACCCCUCGACUUCGGCAAUGUGCCUGGCAUAUCGCAACCGCCGACGCAGUCGCAGCAGGGAAUGCCUGGCCAGAUGCAGUAUGCCCCACCUCUUGGUUACCCCAACGCACCGGGGCAGCUGCCCUACCAGAUGCAGCGGCAGCCACAGUUACAGCCGGGCAUGUACGCCAACCCCCCUGCGGAAGGGGUGCCGCUGGCCCAGGAAAGCCCGUACUCGACGUCGACCUACAUGCCCAACGCCGUGCCUGUCGUGCGGGACGCCGGUAACGCGUGCGAGGCCGCACGGCUGCCGCCGCAGCCGGACGCGUACGUCGGCGCCGCGCUUCCCCCGCCUCUCUACCCGGGCCUCACGCGCGGGGGGGCAUCGGCCGGCAUGGAACAGCUCUUCCCCGAGGCGCUGCCCGUAUCCGACCAGAGCCCGAAGCCCGACUACGGUGACGACUAUCCGAAGAAGCCGACGCAGUUCUAA